CGCCGCCGUCCCCGGCCAACCCCCAAAAGAGACUCAUCCGUCCCUCCUUCACCUCACUCUCUUUCUUUUGGGUCUUUUCUUGUUCUCCUCUCCUUGUCUGCAAAUCGGAACACAUCCCCAUCCGCUGGCGGUUUCCUCUCUUUCACUCACUCUUCGACACUCGUUGCCAGGCAUACCCUUGUCUGUCUCAAGUCUGCAUAUACCUCUGCCGCCUAUUGUUGUUGAGUUUUGAAGCCUCAUACUAUUCAACAACAGGAAGACUAUUCAACAGUAUCUCACCUUGAGAUCAAAUCGAAAGCCAACUCGGAACCUGUCGCCUCUUGCCCGGCUAACCGCACUCGUUACUAUUUCAGAGUGUGUCACUCUCUCGAUUUGUCAGACGACCAACCACAAGUAGUGGAUGAUGGAUGGCAGAACAGGCUGAUAUUGACUACUGAUAAAGACGAAAGUGAACACUGCACAGCAUCUUUAUAGUUGCAGUUACUCGCUGCAAGCCGCCACUCUCAGCUGUGGACUGUUCCAACGACCACGUACUUCUCACUCCGUUCACAGCAACGAUAGAGGCUUAUAUCCUAGGGACCGAAUUGGUCUGAUUAUACGCACCGGACCAAUUACUAGCGUCACAAGGUCGCUACUACAUCCAUCCUCGUUUCAACACCGUCUGUACGAGACAGAGUGCUUCGGGCCACCGAGCACCUGGAUCCUCACAAGCCAAUCAAGAACCCGGAGACCAGAAGCAGUACGCCGCCGCAGGCAGGCGAUCGAGACGCAACAGUGUCUAACGUUACAGCGAUCGGGACACCUCCCAGGUCCUCCACGAAUAUGACCCAGGUCAUGUCUUUUGGCCCCCGACCGAUGGAUGCUGCCUCCCCUGCGCAUGCACUGAUGGACCUGAACAAAGCUGUUCGUGACAAUGCGCCUCAUGGACCAUUCAUGCCACGCCGAUCUCCGAGCCCCGGAGUAGGCGCCUCUGGAGAUAUUAUCAGAAAGCGGGCUGCAUCGAUGAACUCGUCGGCGGAGUCGUCCACCUCUCAUGGCGGGCUUUUCGACCAGCUCAGCAUAAACACUUCUGUAAGCAUGAAGCAAGACACAAUUUGCCUCUGCACACCAACCCCCAAAAUCCCAAGGCCCCGGAAUGCCUUCAUCCUCUAUAGGCAACAUCACCAAUCCCAGGUCACCACCGAUAACCCGAAACUGUCAAACCCUGAAAUCUCCAAAAUCAUUGGCGACAAGUGGAAGCAUGAAGCAGAGGAUAUCAAGGAAACGUGGAAGAAGCUAGCUGAAGAAGAGAAGCAGCGCCAUCAACACCAGUAUCCAAACUACCGUUACCAGCCUCGUCGCGGCAGUAAAGCUCAAGGAAAUUGGCCUGGUGGCGCAACUAGCGAUGAACAGGGUCGUUGCAACAAAUGCCACGGCCGAUCGAUCGCAACGCCUCGAACGCCCUCGACGCCUAUAGCAACACCACCUUCUAACAAGAUGAUGGCACCACACCAUGGCCAACCUACACUUGCUCGGCUUGAUACAUCAACACCUAGGCGAAUCAGCAUGGAUCUUUCACCAGUGGGCCCAAUGCCUAUACCCCAUCAACUGCCUCCGGUUCGCGGUGUUGAUGAUGGAGACAUUUCGCCGGGAAUGAAGCGUCGUCGAGCCAAUGGUGCUGGCAACUACCAUACUGUGGGCCGAGCUCAAGGAGGAUAUGGUGAGAUCGCCUCCGACCCUAUGAUGGCAUCUCCAGAAGCUGGCCAACAUCACCCAAUGCGCUCCUAUCCUUCUGCGCUUCCUGAUCUUAGUACGAUCCCUCGUUCGCACAGCGGUCCGAUGCCACCACCACCUCGCCCACCCGGCACACCUGGAUGGGGUGAGCCAGACAGAAACAGGAGGCAUAGCGGGUUUGAUGAGUCCCUCAGACUUCCGCCUUUGCAGACAUCUAUCUCCCCAACGCACUCUCGCCAUAGCAUGGACAUGAGACAACCUAUAUUACCCUCGCCAAGUUUUGAACUGUCGUCGCCUGACGAAAUCCGAUCGGCAAACUUGGAAGAUGCAAUUAUGGCCAUACCACUGAUGCGCAAGCUUGGGCUCAUUUCACGCAUCGUCCGGCCAAUUCCAGUUACUUCACGAGACAUGACACCCAACGCAAGAGGUGCGUUUAUUACAGUGGAAGGGCCAAAUGCCACGCUGCUGCAGGCUGUCGCCAAUGCUGUAGAGAAGAGUCUGCUAAGCUGCAGUGAAGUCCAGCUUCGUUGCUGGGCUGGUGAGGCGGAUGGUCACGACAGCGCGAUAGAGGGUGAUCGGUAUUAUAAAAAGUCGGACGGUGGCAUGUCGCCUGACGGUGACGGAUCCUAUCCGGUUUACUUCAAGACUGUCAUGGCGUGGCAAGAACGUUCCAAAGACAUCAUCGAUCAUGUCACUCAAGGUAGAGGGGCUGCUUCAAGAAGAACUUCACGAGAGCCGAACGACGGCAGAGAUCCCACUACACCAGUCGAUAAGCGGGAUAUGGAUAAGGUACCCGUUGCGUUGAUUAAAGAAGGAUUUAGUCUCACUCUUGCUGACAAAUUUGCUUGCACGACGCCAAUUGCGGACUGGUUCUCCCCUCAAGACCACUGGCAGUGGAUGGCAAGCCUGUGGAGAGGCAGCCCCUCACCCGACUUGGUGGUCUAUGCGCGGUACUGUGACGAAGAGGAGAUUAAGCACAGAGGACCAGUUGAGUUCCAGAAAGGAGUCGGCGUGAUUAUCAUCCGCGUUGCAGAGGGUAAAAUGCUGGACGAGUCCAUGGAGCGACGAAUGUCAUUUGAGCUUGUUGAAUGGCUACGAGAGGCAUCUUAUAGAAGUGAGGUGCCGCCUAAUUGGCGAAUCGAAUAAUGAGGAUGUCGUAUAAUAUUUGGAGGGAACCCCGGGUUGUACUGUAUUUGUAAGUUUUAUUGCCGCGUUUGUUUGAUAUACUUGAUACCAGUGAUUGGGUUGGUGCUCUGGAAUUCUUUAGAUAGGGAGUUUGUCGACUAUAUGAGCGACAUGAUAAUGAAAUGAUGUAUGAAAAAACACCCUGAGGGCCCUUUCCUAUAAUGGUGAUGAGACAAUUAUUAUGGUGAUGUAGUGAGGAUGCUGUUGGUGGUGAU